AUGAUAGCACCGAAGAUUAAAAACGAGUACGACUUGCUGCUCCCAACGCUGCCAGGAGAAGAACUGGCGGGAACAUCUCAAGGGAAUGAUUUCGACAGGCCACCAGAGACGUGGAUCCUUGACGAGCUAGAAAAAUUCAACGUCAUAGAUGUUCAACAUCCAACAAUGCCGAAUAUAGAAGGAUCAAUACACCCAAUAUUUCAGCAAAAUAAAUGGCCAGAAUUAAUAGAUUGCCCGGAGAGAUAUUUCUCAUUCCAGCCAAGCCUGAUAUUGGCCACAAAACUGCUGGAAGUGGGCCUUCCAUUCCUAGCAGCGUUGAUCCCUAGGCUCACAUUGGAUUCAACAAAAAAAUAUAUAGAGGUCAUUGAAAAUGUUCAGAAUGAGCAAUUACAACAUUGCAUUGGAAGGCUUAACCUGAUAGCCCAGCACACAGAGUGGAAAGAGAAUUCGAUCAUGUGGCCACGACUUGGUCGGCAUGGUGUUACAGUACCAAGUAACGGAGGCAUCAAGCCAGAUGAAGAAGUAAGAGAUGAUGAAGAUAUUGAAUGCUGGGAAGAAUCAACACAACGCGAUAUUUCUCAGGGACUACCCUGCCGUAAAAUAACUGUUUAUCUUGCCAGUCAAUUUGGAGAUGCUUUAGUUGACUUGCGAGAGGCAGAGCCUCCCAGCAUGAGGUAUUCUCAAGCUGCUUUCAUGUGCGCAGUAACUCUCGUUCACGAGGUCGCACAUGUAGUUUAUGCUGCUGACUUUUCAAACAAACCUUGGCAAGGGGAACCCCUAGUGAGGGACGAGGUGUUGCCUGAGCUUGGGACAAGUCUAGUCGCCUGGUUAUUCAAGGGGUGGAUUCCUGAGUGUAUAAGCAUUGAUCCAAGUGGCAAUGAAGAUAAAUUAUUCCAAUAUGGAUGCUGCUGGUAUAAACAGCGGCGUCGACCGAGAGCAUACCCACGGUACAACACAGUGCAUUCAAUGCCAAUGUCGUACAUUCAAGCUCUCCUGAGUAAGAAGAGGUGGGACAAAGUCGGUGAGCAUGACAUACUGACCUACUCUACUCACAUUAGGGAAAGUCUCCUCGAGCCUCCUCUACCCUUUUACGAGGGCACCACAGCUCGCACUGCAAAAAAGGUAAGCCGGUUUCGCUUUGACAGAUCUCCAGCUCUGAUGCCAUACUUUGAGCUAUGGGAUUACCAUGAUCCAGAUUGGGACAGCACAUCUGCAUUCCUCUCCAGAAGAGAGGACUCGCCUUCUCUGAAACUAUAA